UGUGCGCGGAGCACGCGGAGUCCCGGGAGAGGAGACAGAGCGGGGCGGGCCCGAGGUCGGGGUUUGGCCGGGGGAGGGGAUCCCGGUUUCCCCCUCCCCAUCCUCGCCUCCCCACAUUCUGGUGACGUUGCGGUUUCCUCCCCCUCCUCCCUCCAGCGGAGUCCCAGCGCCCGCCCUCCGCCCUAUGUGCCCACCCUCCGCCCUCCCGCCCUCCCGCGAGCGACCUCACAGCGCCGCCGAGGCUGCAGCGGCGCAUCCCGGGGCGCGGCGCCCACCAGCACCCAUGGCGCGGCUGGAGAGCUAAGGACUCGGCUCCGAGGGGCCCGGGGGGCGCCCGGGCGCCCUGAGGUGACGGGGAAGGGAAGGGGCUGGAGCCGGGGCCGAGGCUGAGGGAAGAGGCGCCGCCGCCGGGAAGACGGAGCCGCGGCGGGGAGCGCCUGACAUACUCUGACCUCUUUGCAUUUUGGGUUGAAGAAAAGGAUAUGAAGAUAAAUUCAAAGGAUCUUUUGAAGAUGGUUUGGCUGCCUGGGAGGUUUGGAGAUCUGAUGCCACGAUGAGGACUCACACAAGGGGAGCUCCCAGUGUGUUUUUCAUACAUUUUCUUUGCUUCGUGUCAGCCUAUGUCUCAGAUGAGAAUCCAGAAGUCAUGAUUCCCUUCACAAACGCCAACUAUGAAAGCCACCCUAUGCUGUACUUCUCCAGGGCUGAGGUGGAGGAGCUGCAGCUCAGGGCCUCGAGCUCGCAUGAGCACAUCGCAGCCCGACUCACCGAGGCUGUGCACACCAUGCUGUCCAGCCCUUUGGAGUACCUCCCUCCCUGGGAUCCCAAGGACUACAGUGCCCGCUGGAAUGAAAUCUAUGGGAACAACCUGGGGGCCUUGGCAAUGUUCUGUGUACUGUUUCCCGACAACAUCGAAGCCCGCGACAUGGCCAAGGACUACAUGGAGAGGAUGGCAGCGCAGCCUAGUUGGUUGGUGAAAGAUGCGCCUUGGGAUGAAGUCCCACUUGCUCACUCCCUGGUGGGUUUUGCCACUGCUUAUGACUUCUUGUACAACUAUCUGAGCAAGACACAACAGGAGAAGUUUCUUGAAGUGAUUGCCAAUGCCUCAGGCUAUAUGUAUGAAACUUCAUACCGGAGAGGAUGGGGCUUUCAGUACCUGCACAAUCACCAGCCCACCAACUGCAUGGCUUUACUCACAGGAAGCCUCGUUCUCAUGAAUCAAGGGUACCUUCAAGAGGCCUACUUGUGGACCAAACAAGUUCUGACCAUCAUGGAGAAAUCGCUGGUCCUGCUCCGAGAGGUGACGGAUGGCUCCCUCUAUGAAGGAGUUGCCUAUGGCAGCUAUACCACCAGAUCGCUCUUCCAGUACAUGUUUCUUGUUCAGAGACACUUUGACAUCAACCACUUCGGCCAUCCAUGGCUUAAGCAACACUUUGCCUUUAUGUAUAGAACCAUCUUGCCAGGAUUUCAAAGAACAGUGGCUAUUGCAGACUCAAAUUACAACUGGUUUUAUGGUCCAGAAAGCCAGUUGGUGUUCCUGGAUAAAUUUGUCCUGCGUAAUGGCAGUGGAAACUGGCUGGCUGACCAGAUCAGGAGGAACCGAGUGGUGGAAGGACCAGGAACACCGUCCAAAGGACAGCGCUGGUGCACUCUGCACACAGAGUUCCUCUGGUACGAUGCCAGCUUAAAAUCGGUUCCUCCUCCAGAUUUUGGCACCCCUGUGUUGCAUUACUUUGAAGACUGGGGUGUUGUGACUUAUGGAAGUGCACUGCCUGCAGAAAUCAAUAGAUCCUUCCUAUCCUUCAAGUCGGGAAAACUUGGGGGACGUGCAAUAUAUGACAUUGUUCACAACAACAAAUAUAAAGAUUGGAUCAAAGGAUGGCGAAAUUUUAAUGCAGGACACGAACAUCCAGACCAAAACUCGUUCACUUUUGCUCCCAAUGGCAUGCCUUUUAUUACCGAGGCUCUCUACGGGCCAAAGUACACCUUCUUAAACAAUGUUGUGAUGUUUUCCCCUGCUGUGUCCAAGAGCUGCUUUUCUCCCUGGGAGGGUCAGGUCACAGAAGACUGUUCAUCAAAAUGGUCAAAAUACAAACAUGACCAGGCAGCUAGCUGUCAGGGGAGAGUGGUAGCAGCCAUGGAGAAAGAUGGGGUGGUUUUCAUCCGAGGAGAAAGUGCGGGAGCCUAUAACCCUCAGCUGAACUUGAAGAACAUUCAGAGAAAUCUGAUCCUCCUGCAUCCACAACUUCUCCUCCUCGUGGACCAAAUCCACUUGGGAGAGGAGAGCCCCGUGGAGACAGCAGCGAGUUUCUUCCACAAUGUGGAUGUGCCUUUUGAGGAGACACUCGUGGAUGGGGUCCACGGGGCUUUCAUCAGACAGCGUGAUGGCCUCUAUAAAAUGUACUGGAUGGACGAUACUGGCUACAGUGAGAAAGCAACCUUGGCCUCAGUGACAUACCCUCGAGGAUAUCCCUACAAUGGGACCAACUAUGUGAACGUCACCAUGCACCUCCGAAGUCCCAUCACGCGGGCAGCUUACCUCUUCAUAGGGCCAUCUGUAGAUGUGCAGAGCUUUAAUAUCCACGGGGACACUCGGCGACUCGAUGUGUUCAUAACUUCCAGUGAACAUGCCUAUGUGGUUUACCUGUGGACAGGUGAGACCACAGGACAGUCUGCCUUUAUACAGGUCAUUGCAGAUCGUCAGAAGAUUCUGUUUGACCAGAAUUCAGCCAUCAAGAGCACCCCUCUCCCCGAGGUGAAGGACUAUGCUGCUAUCGUGGAAAGGAACUUGCAGCAUUUUAAGCCAGUGUUCCAAUUACUGGAGAAGCAGAUCCUUUCUCGAGUUCGGAACACAGCUAGCUUUAGGAAGACUGCUGAGCGCCUCCUGAGGUUCUCCGAUAAGAGGCAGACUGAGGAGGCCAUCGACAGGAUCUUCGCCAUAUCGCAGCAGCAGCAGCAACAGCAGCAGCAACAACAAAGCAGACUAAAGAAAAGCCAAAGGGCAGGCAAACGCUAUAAAUUUGUGGAUGCUGUUCCUGAUAUUUUUGCACAAAUUGAAGUCAAUGAAAAAAAGAUUCGCCAGAAAGCUCAGAUUUGGGCCCAGAAAGAAGUGCCCAUAGAUGAAGAUGAAGAAAUGAAAGACCUUUUAGAUUUUGCAGAUGUAACGUAUGAAAAACACAAAAGUGGAGGUCAGCUGAACGGCCAUGUGGGACAGGCACGGAUGGUGACAGCUUCUCACAGCCGAGUGCCGUCCCUCUCUGCGUCAUACACCAGACUGUUUUUGGUUCUGAACAUUGCAAUUUUCUUUGUCAUGUUAGCAAUGCAACUGACUUAUUUCCAGAGGGCCCAGAGCCUCCAUGGCCAAAGAUGUCUCUAUGCGGUCCUUCUCAUUGAUAGCUGUAUUCUAUUGUGGUUGUACUCUUCUUGUUCCCAGUCCCAGUGCUAGCACUGAAGCUAUCCAUGGCUCGAUCAUUUAAUG